AUGGAAACUAGAGACUUUCAGGAGUUUGUAAGUAACACUAAUCUGAUUGAAAUGAAGUCAGUUGGGAGGCAAUACACAUGGUCCAAUAAUCAGGUCCUUAGCAAAAUUGAUUGGAUAUUUGUUAAUGCUCAAUGGAUCCAACAAUGGCCUCAUAUGGAAGGGGUGAUUAUGGACCCUCUCUUCUCAAACCAUAGCCCACUGAGAAUCCAGCUUGAAGUACCUAAGGAGAGGAAAUCUGGAUCCUUCAAAUUCUAUAAUUACUUGGCUGACCAUCCUAGAUUCCUACAGGUGGUUGAAACUUAUUGGAGGAAACCUUGCUAUGGUACUCAUAUGCUAGCAGUCUGGAACAAACUGCAAACUAUCAAAAAGGGUAUGCAACAACUACCACAUAAAGAAUUUAAAGGGAUUGGUGACAAAGUUUCAGAUUCUAGAGCAGUUCUAAUAGGCAUCAAACAGCAAAUGAGGGAUCAUAGUAGGCAAGCUGAACUUGUCCAGGCUGCAGCUGAGGCAAAGAAACAACUAGAAAAAUGGGUACUAGUAGAGGAAAGCAUUGCACGACAAAAAUCCAAAGUUACAUGGUUGAAGUUGGGAGAUGCCAACAUAGCCUACUUUCAUGCUUGUCUGAAAAAUAGACAAGUCCAGGACCAAAUUAUAAGGCUGGUAAACAAGCAGGGUGGACUACUAAUAACUGAGCAGGAAAUUGAACAUGAAGUGAGUGAAUUCUAUAAGGAACUCUUGGGUAGUUCAACUACACAACUCCCUGUGGUACUGCCUGAUAUCAUGAGCAGUGGUCCAAUAUUAAAUUGGGAACAACAAAGGAACUUAGUAAGUCCUGUUAGUAGAGAAGAAGUAUAUGAUGCUCUACAAGAUAUAAAUGAUUCCAAAGCCCCCGACAAUGAUUGGUUCAAUGCUCUCUUCUUUAAAAAGGCUUGGCCAGUAAUUGGUCAAGAUGUAACAGAUGCUAUUCUUGAUUGUUUUAAAUCUGGACAAAUGUAUAGUGCAAUUAACUGUGCCCCCUCACCUUAA